UGCAUACUUCACACACUCCAGCACCACAUGUUCCACCGUCUCAUCUCCCAUGUCACACAUCUGCCACACCUUGCUGCGGAUUAAAAGGGUGCUGUUGCAAAGACUAACCUUACCCAAAACAACAACAUACCGCAUACACGAGGCCGCACUCCCUGCAGACCCUCAAGGAAGGCGCACCGACCACGUGCCUUACUACAAACCUUGACUUGUUCAUGUGACACUAGGCACAGAAUGGGGGAAAUACGCCCUCCACUUACCAAGAUGGUUCUUAACAACUUCACAACAGAAAAUGGCUCCUGGCACCAGAUCCAGGCUGGGUGAGGGUGGGCAGAUACCUGACUCAGAGGCAGCUCUCUCUCUCUCUCUCUCUCUCUCUCUCUCUCUCUCUCUCUCUCUCUCUCUCUCUCUCUCUCUCUCUCUCUCAUUUUUCAAAGAGACCAAAGAGGAUGACAAAGAAUUCUCGUACCAUUACAUGUCUGAAGCUGAAAAUAUCCAAACAAGUCAAGACAACAGAUAGUGAGGUGGUGCAGAAGCGUCCUGUGGUGCGGCAGGCCAAGAUACACAUCAUCAAUGGCUUGGUGCACAGUACCCGGCGGCUAAGGAAGAAGAUGGAGAAAGAUGAGGGACAGUGUAACAAGCUGGAGGCCAAGGCUGACAGGCUGGUGAAGGAGGUGCUCUUCAUCAAGACUGUACCACCAGAUGAAAUUAUGAAGUUUGCGCUGCUCAACAAUAAGUCAUUUGCAAUUGUGGGAAGCAAUCCCCAGUCAAAGAUAGAGGAGAGAGCAAUGUGUCGUAUUGUGGAACACAAGGCCAUAAAAGAUGCAAUUGCUGGGCUGAAGGAAGCUCAUGCUGAUUGGAGCCAAGACCUACCCCAUCUUAUCAAGGGUCUGGGAAUCCGUAACCGAGAGAAAAAACUGGAGCGGCUUAAGAGGCGAGGUAAACUGGACGCCUAUCUGAAGAAAGAACACAGGAACAUGAGACUCCUACAGGAACUAACUGGCAUUGACCUGAAAGCUAAUGAUGAUGCUGCUUCAGGUGUAACAAACGACAAAGAAAAGAAGAAGAAGAGCUGUGGUAGUAGUAGAAGUAGGAAGAGAAAGAGAGAACAGAACUUAGAUGAACAGACCUUGAAAAUUGUCAAAAAGAAGGGCAAGGUAGCAGAGGGAAUGAAAAAGCAGAGUACAGGUGCUGGUGUUAAUGGUGAGGAUAGUGAGGUUGAUGGAGAGGAAAAUGAUGAUGAUGGUGGUUCCUUGAUAAAGAAAAUGGGAGUAGAUGAACAAGAAGAAAACAGUGAGGAUGAUGUGAUGGAAAGUGAUAGUGACAGUGAAGACCUGAGCAGUGGAAACAACAACAAUGAUGCUACUGAUGAAAGUGAAGAAUUAGAUGAAGAAUAUGAUGAUGACAGCGACAAAAGCGACAUGGAUGAUGACAGCCAGAAACCUCUCACAAUCUGUAAUGGAAAUGAGUCACCUAUGAAAACAGUGGAUGAACAGAAACUGAAUGGAAAAUUGUCUCUUGGAAAAAUUGAAAUGAAAGGGAAAAAGGAAAAAAAUAUAGGAAAGAAAAAGGAAGAUAUGAACAUGGGUAAACCUGCCCAACCAGUCAUUACUAAUACACUAAAAAAGGCAGAAGUGAAGCAGCUUUACCUGAAGAAUAUGGAAGCUUUUGGAAAAGAUGAUGAUCUAAGUAAGACUGAAGAAAAUGGAACUAUUGACUUGAAUGAGGAUGAUGAUGAUGAUGAUGAGGAGGAGGAGGAGGAGGAGGAGGAGGAGGAGGAGGAGGAGGAGGAGGAGGAGGAGGAGGAGGAGGAGGAUGAGGAGGACAAAGAAGAUGAGGAUGAGGAUGAUGAGGACUUCUUUGAGUUGGGAGUAAAAAAGAAAGCAAAGAGUAGUUUUUUCCUUGGAGGUACAGAUGAUCAUGAGGAGGAUGACAAUGAUGAUGAUGAUGAUGAUGAUGAUGAUGCAGUUGAUACUAGUAAAUAUUUCAAGAGGAAUCUGUAUAGGGAAGGAAGAGGAGGGAGAAGUGGUAUGAAAAAAGAAGAAAGAUUUGGAGGAAAAUCAUGGGAGGAAGAUGAUGGAGAAAGAAAUGGAUUUACUGAAAGAAGAGGAAGAGGCAGAGGUGGUUUUAGUGACAGAAGAGGAGGUAGGGAUAGUUUUGGUGAUGGAAGAGGAGGAAGAGGUGGAGAAUCUAGUGACAGAAGAGGAAGGGGCAACUUCCUCAAAAGAGGAGGACGAGGAAGAGGAGAAUCUAGUGACAGAAGAGGAAGAGGCAACUUCACUGAAAGAGGAGGAAGGGGAAGAGGAGAAUCUGGUGACAGAAGGGAAAGAGGCAACUUUGGUGAAAGAGGAGGAAGAGGAGAAUCUGGUGGAAGAAGUGGUGGUAGUUUCAGCAACAGAAGAGGGGGAGGAAGAGGAAGAGGACAGUCUGGAGACAGAAGAGGAGGAAGAGGAAGGGGAAGAUUUGGACGAGGAGGGGGCUUUGGUCAGAUGAACUCAGACAACCCUAACCUCAUACCUCUGACCUCUGCCAGCACAGGGACAUCUCCAUCAUUCCCAGCCUCCACCAGCCGACCCCAAACAUCACUGCUGCACCCUUCCUGGAUGGCCAAGAAGAAAGAGAGGCUCCAGUCUUCAGCCGUUAAUGCUUUCCAGGGCAAGCGGGUGGUGUUUGACUAAUGUUACACACUCCUUGCUUUGAUGACCAGUGUCAUAUGUGGAUCUUUAAUAAACAUUGGUGAGGCA